AUGCAAAUCAUCACCACCAGGGGUCUGGUGUACGCCAUCGGCGCCUUCAUUUCCGUCGCUGUAGCUGCGGACAUGAGUGUCAAUCUUGGCCCGGGCUACCCUCACCCGAUUGAAGACCUCGACAAGGAUCUCCCAUUCUCGCAGCCCGUCACCUUUGCGCACCUUCCGUGGCAGAGGUGUCUUGCGGCGUCUCACAGCGAGCCGCUGGAUGUUGCCAUACUGGGAUUCCCCUACGAUACUUCCACGUCAUACCGUCCCGGCGCCCGCUUCGGUCCCCGGGGAAUCCGUGCCGGGUCCUCGAGGGAGAAGAAGGGCCGCAGCUACAAUACAGUAUGGGGCAUAGAUCCCUAUGAGCAAGGGCUUGAGGUUAUUGAUUGCGGUGACGUCCCAAUCACCCCCUUUGAUGCCGCCCACGCUUUCAAGCAGAUGGAACAGGCCUAUCGCCAAAUACUGUACCAUCCGACGUCUGAUAACAACCAAUGGGAGCACCCCCGGAUCCUCAGCCUCGGGGGGGACCACUCCAUCGUCCUGCCUAUAUUGCGGGGUCUCAAGACGGUCUACGGCCCCAUCUCGGUCAUCCACCUCGAUUCUCACCUUGAUACCUGGGACCCUUACGAAGGAUACACUGGGAUCGUGUCAAACCAAUCCGCCGUGACUCACGGCACAUUCUUCUGGCAUGCCAGCCGCGAGGGAUGUAUCAGCAAAGGCACUAGUGUCCACGGCGGCCUGAGAACUAAACUUUUUAGUCCGAAGGACUAUGAGAUUGAUCGUGACGUUGUCGGAUUCACGUUGAUAGAGGCUCAGGAGAUUGAUGAGAUCGGCAUGAGUGGUAUCAUCGCCAGGGUCAGAUCAGCCGUGCGUGACACGCCUGUGUAUCUAUCCAUUGACAUUGAUGUCUUGGAUCCCAGCAUCGCUCCGGCAACGGGUACUCCAGAAUCGGGCGGGUGGACUACCAGGGAGCUCAAGCGGUUUAUCAAGGGCCUCGAGGGUCUAAAUCUUGUCGGCGCAGAUGUCGUCGAGAUAUACUCGUAG